AUGGGAACAACCAGUCGGGCUGGCGAAGCCACCACAGAGGUGCGUGGGGCACGAAUAAUUGGUAGCUCUUCGGUAUAUCCGUACAAGGCACAACGCUUUGUUAUGACGCAAAAUCCAACAAAAAGAGCACUAGGGAAUGGCAAACGGAUCAUUACCACCAAAAAAACAACCACAUUACCCAUACAAAAUGAGAAAAAUGAAAGGGAGGAAAGGUGUCUAUUUCCUAGUGAAGGUAUUGAAAAAAUCCUCGAAUGGCUUCCCAAUGACACUCUUUUUCUGGAAAUAGAAGCACUUGCGGAAAGAAGCUACGAGAUGCGUCAUCGAUUAAAGUUUUCCUUGGGUUCUUCAAGGGAUGCUGUGUUAGCUCCGUCAAUGAAUGUUCCAUCAAAGCGGAGUAGUGUCCAACGGCGAUCAUCAGCGCCUUUAGUAGAAGAUUUGCCAUUUGAUGAGGAGGCAUAUGUGCAUCGAAUUCUCGUCAGAACUGUCUCAGAGGAGCGAAAGAGGAAUGAUUUAAACAAACUAUCAAAUAUGCAAAAGUCUGAAGUUGGUAACUCAGGGGAGUUUCCAACAGGAGAACAUCACAAAAAAAAAUCCCCAUCUAUAGAAGUUACCACGUCUUUGGAGCAAUUGGCGUUUGGGACAGAGGGUUCUGAUUGUAACAGAGAAGAAUCUAAAUCGCCAAUUAUUGUUGAAAUAAUGGAAGAAACAGGAAAGGAAAAAUGUCUCAAUUUGCAGUCAUUAUCACCAUCACCAUCUUCUGUUGCGCGACACGGCGUUGCGGCCUCUGGGGAGACAGGUGUUGAAAGUUCACUCAGCGAUUCUCCGGUGUCGUUGAGGGACGCAUCGCCGCCGCGGACUAGAGGGGUGGACAGUUGUCCCCCGCAUAUAGUAGAUCUGUACCAUGUGGUGCAGAUACCACGGGCCCAUUACAUAUUGUCACAGGUGAAUUUUUCCUCGUGGUAA